AUGAAUGCAGAAGAUCAAUUAAUGACUAAAACUUCAUCAUAUUCAAAUCAUCUAAUAUCAAAUUCAAUAAAAAAUCAAAUAUAUCUCUUUUCUAAACUACAGAAUAAUGAUUCUCUUGUACCUUUCUCAUCAUCAUCAUCAUCAUCAUCAUCUAUCGAUUUAAAUUAUUCUCCAACGAAAAAACUCAAAUUAAUGAAUAAAGAAAUGUUAAUCGAAAAACUUUCUACACCACAUUAUCAAUCAAAUGAAAAAUCAAUAUUAAUUGACAAUAAAUCAAUAAAAUCUAAAUAUGAACAUGAUCUAUCAUGUCAAAUAACAAUUAAUCAAUUAAUUAAAGAUAUUAAUACAAAUAUUGAAACAAGUAUUAAUGCAACACCUCGAUCAAUAAUAAAAUCGAAAACAAAUCCUAAAUCUCAUUCAAUUCCAUUACAUACUAAAACUCAUUUAAAAUAUUCUUCAAUUCCAACUGUACCAAAAUGUUUUAAUGACUAUUUUCAAAUAAAUUUUAAUUCAUUAUUAAAUAAAAACCUAUCGAAAACGUCUAAUAAAUAUUUUCAACUAAAUAUAUUUGAUUCAAAUUUAUUUCAAUGGCAAAUAUUUCAUUCAAAUCAAUGUGAAAAUUAUUUUUGUCGAAAAAAUUCUUUAUUAUUAUUAAAUAAUAAUAAAUCUUCUUUACAAACAUUUAUAAAUUAUAUUCAAUCUCAACGUCAAUAUGUACCAACAGAAUAUUUAUCAUGGAGUAUUAUCUUUCCUAAUUAUCAUCCAUUGAAAUUUUCAUUAAAAAAUUCGAAUUCAUCAAAUAAAAAUUUUAAUAUUGAAAAAAAUCCUUAUGGACGUACAGGUUUAAUUGGUCAAAGUUUAUUAGAUAACUAUGGUUCUAAUCGUUAUAUAAUAUCAUUAAUAAUAAAAGAAGAAAAUAAUAAAAAAUAUAUUUUAUUAAGAAAAAAUCAAUAUGAAAAAUGGGAAUUACCAAAAACUAAGAAUCUUAACAAUAUUCUUCAUUAUCAUACACUUGAUAUAGUUUAUUUAGAUCAUCCAUUAAAUACAGAUGAUGCAUGGAUUGAAGUUCAAAUAGUUCUUAUUAAAAAUUCUUAUAAAUAUUUUCAUAAAAAAACUUGGUUUUUAAUUCAAUAUUUACAUAAAUUAAAUAAUAUUGAACAUUUCGAUUUUAAUUUAAUUCAAUUUUAUAUAUAG